AUGUUGGCUGGUAACGUAUCUGUGUAAUAUUCAAUUAAUCAUAUAAAAUAUAAUAAAUAUGAGAGAGAGAGAGCAUAGCCAUAUUACUGAUAUAUAGAACAUGUAGUCAACCUGUUAUGUCUGUUGCUUCAUUCAUGAUUGACUUACUGAUCAGUUCAUUAUUCUAGGGAAUUUGAUAAUAUUGGCAGCAUUAAGGCAUCUGACACAAUUUCAUUUACAAAGCCCAAAUUUGUAUUGUUUAUUUAGACCUGCCUCCUCCUCGUUUAAACUGUGGUAAUGCCGUACAUGGGUGGUUCUGCUACUGGGUCCUCCAUUGUUUCUUAUACCCUUACAGAUUGUACCCUUUAAACCAAAAUAAAUUCCAAAAUAGAAGUACAAGAACUUGUCACUGUUUGGACAGUAUUUUAAUGAUACACAAGACAGUAAAUUAAGUUUAUUACCAUUGAGACACUAACUAACCAAAUAUUAUAUUGUGUAUUGUAUUUUUCUACAACGUUGGCUUAUUCUAGAAAAUCUUGCUUCUGGAUAGAAAUCUAGAAAAUAAAGUUCUAGCAAAAUAGCGCAUGAUCUACGUGAUAAAAAGUAUCAAGCUUUCUUGGCUGUACACAUUGCACUCAUUAAUACAGUGAUGGCAACACUUGGUCCCGCUGAUAUUUGACUGGUUGAAAAUCAUAGGGGAAUGAAGUUCACAAACUUGUACAGUGCCAAAUGUGGCCAUCAAUGCCACAAAUACCAGCUAUAUACUACCGUAAGCAGGGAUAGGCCAACUCAUUGCUCUGGACAUCUCUAUAGACUGAACAAUCUGAUUCCUAUUCAUCACUGAAUAAUUAUCAUCAAUGGUGUAAAAAGCAAGGGGUUGGGUGGCAGAUCCCCCAGGUAUUUUUGUGAACUGUGUGAAACCCCCCCCUAGCUAUUUCAGUUUAACUGCUUUCAGCAACCUUCCCAAUGAUAGCGUACCAUUUGUAAACAAACUCAAAAUAAAUGUAUUCUAACCUUACCCUCAUGGCGGUAUAAAAACGGCAAAAUAGAUAAACGACACUGGCAGUUAUAACAAAUAAAAAUAACAAUAAUAUAUAUAUAUAUAUAUAUAUAUAUAUAUAUACAUAAAACGCAACACUUGGAAAGCUGCGUACCACACCGAAGGUGGGUGACUAUAACUAAACUGUGAUUAAACUAAAAAGAAAACUGUACGGUCAUACUAAUGUUAGCACAAAUCAUAAAAUAUAUUUAUUGAGUAAAUUAAAACCAAAAUUAUAUUUUUAAUUAAGUCAAUAAACAUAUAUUUUGAUUUGUACUAACAGCGCAAUUGCACAGGUUUUUUUUAAGCGUACCAUUUGUGUCUGUACAACCCUUGUAGUUUGAUGCAUUUGUUCCCUCUGAGAUUAGCAAACUGAGGACAUAAAAUCUUUACCAAAAAAAGAAAAGUCUUCAGUGGGAGACAUACAAGCAAAUGUAUAGGUCAUUAGGAAACUUGUGCUAGCUCUGCCCCAUAUACUCACUCCACGCGUUAGAUUCAUUUCCUCUGGUAUAAUAUGCAAAUAAUGAAUUUUACAAAAGAGAAAUCAUGACAUCAUGUUUCUAGAGUACACGCGUGCCUCUCUAAAUCUGUGGGUUUGUAGCUAGCAAAAACAAAACAUAACAUAGUUACUAAAUUAGUCAGAGUGAACUUGACAUAUUCCACUGACUUUAUGCCAAGUCCUAUGUCUUUUAAGUGAUUAUUCACUAAACAGCAAGUUGAGGCAAAAAACUAUUUGUAAAAUGUUACCUAAAAUGCUGAAAUUGGAAAAAAAUCUGUCUAUCUAAUCAUAUUUAUAAAAUAUGAGAGAAUUAGAACAAUUCUGGUAAAAAUAUGUAUAUUUUUUUAUUUUACAGUUAUUGCAAAAAUAGCACAUUGCACCCAGAACUACUCAGAUUGUUCCUUUAUAAAUAUAUUUUGUGUGCAAGGUAGAUAAACAAUACACUAAAGAGGAACUGAUACUAUUUAAAUAUUGUUUUUACUUAUUCCACAAAUAUAUAUUUUCGACGUGUGAAAAAUAUAUUUAAAUUUUGAAAUUUACACCUGUUUUUUUCUGCAACUGUGAGCUUCCAUCUUAUCUCCUUGUCAAUCACUGCUUCAGUAGAAAAAUAUGUAGAAUAUCUCUUCUUGGGAAAUACUGAUGGGUGCCUACUGUAACUAGUUGCUACACAUCCAGGAUGUUUGAGCUACAGAUAAGAAAAAACACAAAACAGUGAAUUAAUGCAAACUAACAACAAUGAAUUGGCCAACCACUUGAUUAAUCAUCUCUCACACCUUAGCCUUUUUUAUUCUGCGGUUACAGUAAUUAGGUUAUCUGGUGUCAUUUCAUGAGAUCAGUCAAGCCAAGAAGAGCAUGGACACUAUCAUAUAUAUAUCAGUAAUGUGUAUUUUUAGACUGAAAACAUGCAGUAAGGGUUCACAUAAACGACCAUAUUUAUUUAUUUAUUUCCCUGAUAUAUAUCUUUUACGUAGUGCUAUUGCCACUGCAGACUUUUUGACCUGUGCAUAUAAAUAAUAACAAAUGAUAUGACUCAACAUAUAUUAUGAUAUGAUAAUAACAUGGAAUUACCUAGCAAAAUAUGGUUGGGUCUCAUGAAUAUGCAUAUGUGUUCAUACAAUGUCCGCUAACUUGGCUUUUUUAUCUCUCUAUUUAAGGCUCCCAAAAUGAAGACGCCCAGUGUGGUGACUGUCUACCUGGAUUCUACGAAAGUGAAAAUAUUUGCCUGCCCUGCCCUCAGUAUGUCUAAUUAAAAUUUUACUGAGAUAUUGUGAAUUUUACUGACAAAUUGUGAAAAUUCAUUUGAAAUUUUGGAUCAAAAUAGCCAGAUUCAAAGUAUCACCCAAUUUUUAUAUUUUUCAAAUGAUUUAAUAUUUUUGGAUGAUCUACUAAAAUGAUUUAAUAUUUUGAAAGUAUGUUAAUACUUUAAAGUUCUGAUGUAUUGAUAUCAUUUUUAUAUAUGAUAUUUUAAAUGUAUUUUGAUAUUUAAAUGAAAAUUUUAUUUGAAAAAUUCUACAUUUUUUAAAUCAUGUGAAAAGCUUAGCCAACAAUAUUAAAUUGAGGCCUAUAGGCCUAUGUUUGCACUUCAGCUAUUUGGCCUAUGACAACAAUUUACAGUCACCUUAGUAAAUAAACCAAUGGGAGUUAUCUUCUGUAGUUUUUUUUUGGACAUAUGUGUUUGUCAUUACUACAAAGUAAAAAAAUAUUUAUCAUGGGGAAAUGGUUUCCAGCAAAAGAAAUUGUUUUAUCAGGUCUGAUUUAUUAAAAUGAAACCAAUUCUUUCAUUCUAGAGAUUUAUGUAGCAGAGUAACUUUUUCCACUAAGUAGAUUUUUGAGCUUGUCUCCCCAUCCUAAUCUCAAUGGGUCCCCAAGAACAGGUACAUCGCCAAUUCUUCAUAUUCCAGGCUACGUCCCCUAUAAAUUAUAUACUGUAACAUCACUUCUCUAGAAAUUAUUUGGAUUGUGAUAGGUCUAAUAAAAGCUAUUCUGUACAAUUCCUAUCUUAUAUUAUGUAGCAAUACUUACCCCAUCCUCACACCGAACGAAAUAACCAUUCACAUAUUCGUAGCGCAUUCUCAAAGACAAACAUGGGGCGUAACAUCCUUUCCAGCUUGGCUUGGUCCAUGUCAGUCCAGCAUCCCGAUUCACGCAUGUUUUGUAGACGCAGGUAUGACGUUGUCCAAUCAAAUCACACAUAACAGUAUUUAAACUCAUCUGGCCCCACUUACUGUGCCCUAUUGUGGUUUCUGCUCUAAGUACCCUUCAGUGCGUUCCUUGUUACAUUGUGAUGUUUCUGGUAUUGACCUUGGCUAAGUUCUUGACUCAGAGUUUCUCUAUAAGCAUUUUUUUUGAAUUAUUUACCUGUACUUUUGAUAUACCGUUUAUCUGACUACCACUAGUUCUUGAUAUGUAGUCUCUCUGUUAUCCUGACCUAGGCUUGUAUUUGACUACGCUUUCACUCUAUUGUAUAUGAAAUCCAGCCAUUCUAAGGACCAGUAAUACGUCUAUUCUGUCCAGUCUGUUAUUGUUAGACUAGACUCCUAGACUCUGCUUAAUGGGGGGUAAUUCCUUGUGAUCUAUUAUUGAACAAUAGAUCUGAAAGCUAGUGCAAUAUACAUAAUGUGGAUCCCUAUCAAAAACAACAGUUAAAGAGCCACUGAUCUGCAUCUACAAAUCUCAUUCUGCACUUUAGAGGUCCAGAAGGCUUAUUCUAGUCCUCAACAUGCUCUUUCCAUAAUCUUCACCAGAAUUGUCUAACUUUGACCCUCCAUCUUUUUUGGACUGGGUUUCUUAUAUUUCAGCACCACAUUUGCAGGGUUAUAGACAAAAGUGAAAAUGUAAAAAUUAAUUUCAAAACUAAGGUAAAAGUAACCAAAAUGUAAAAAUUUGCAAUUGUCCUCUAUAGUCCCUAUUUGGCUUCUUUGGGCUUAUAUUUGAAGUUCACUUUGAAUGCUCACUGUUCGCUCUAGUUACAUAAAAUACAAAUCUAACCCUUUUACAACCCAUCUUAGAGUCAAUUUGUUAAUUUUUUACACAAAAGUGCCUGGAGUAAGAGAUAGUGUUACAUUUGAAGAAUAGUUCACACAAACUACACAUAAUAAUAUAUCGCUUUGUCAAAAAUAGCUUCCAAAAUGUCAGUCAGCUUUACAAAGUCUCUCGUGUAUCUACCCUCAAGCACAGAAUUGUUGUGUUUUUUUUUACCCUUUCACCGGCAUGGCUUUAAUGAUGUAUCAUGCACACAUAUGGGCAUUCACCAAUAUUUUUGAGAAGAAUUAACUGUCAGUUUCUUAGCGAAUCUCCUGGGAUCGUGCUAAUAAUCAACCUUGACAAUCAGUAGCAUUUGGAGGUUAUUGUGCAUGCGCGGCAAAAUGCUGCACUGCACCAAACAGAAUCUCCUCGUAGAGAUGCAUUGAAUCAAUGCAUCUCUACGAGGAUUAUUCUGCACCUCCAAGCAAAUGGGAAAGAUUCUGAAUGGCAGUGUGCUGCACUACCCCAGGAAGCACUUCUAGUGGCCGUCUGAGGAGUGGCCACAGGAGGUGUUUCUAGCCAGUAUUGUAAACACUGCCUUUUCUCUGAAAAGGCAGUGUUUACAUUAAAAAGCUUGUGGGGACAGACUAUACUCACAAGAACAACUACAAUAUGCUGCAGUUGUUCUGGUAACUAUAGUGUCCCUUUAAUUUAGGGAAGAGCAGGACAGAAACAUAGCCCAGAGAAACCAAUGACUUGUUGACACACAGAUAUGAAUACAUUACCAUUCACUUUAGUGGUGGGGUUGCCAGAUUGCAUGCUUCAUGGUUAUAUUGUGUCAAUAUUGUAUGAAUGUAGAUGUGUAAGAGUGUGUCUAUGUCCCGUCACUGUACGUAGCCAUGUGGAGGCCCUUGUAGUACAAAAUCUCAGUAGGUUGUCUUCUCCAACUAAACUCUUGCUUAUAGAGAUAUGUUUUUCCUUUUUUUUCAGAUCAGAUCAAAAUAUGUGUGGGAAUGAAACUAACCCAGAAUGUAUAAAGAUAUGUAAAGCAAGCAAUCCUGGUAAGAUCAUUUAGGCAGUGCUAUUGCAUAAGCAUGGCUGGAAAUGGUUUAGUUCAGUUACUCAGAAAUCUUCCCUUAGCAGUAUAAGAAUGGGCAUGGUUUCCUGUUUUGUGGUAAGAAAGUAAGGUAUUUUCAGCCCAACUGUCAGAUUUGAAGGCUGUUGUAAUUUGAGAGACGGUGCUCACAUUUUUUUUUCAGAAAACUUGUUAAAGAGAGUUCUAGAAUGGGAACAUUUCAGAUUUACCCAGGAGGCUCCAUAUAUAUCUGCUAAUUGUGGUGCCACAAAAGCAUUGAAUGAAACCAUUUAGAGGGGAACUAUUACAUAUAUUAAAUUAACAUCACUGAACAAAACAUUGAAAAUGACAUAAAAUUUGUGUUAAUCUAUUUUUUUCACGAGAAACUCAGUUUUCUUUUAAAAUUAUAGUAAAUAUUGAGCAAAUGACAUCAUAAUCCAUUUCAGACAAGGCAAAGCCAGGGCAAACAUUUCAAAUGAAGAGGAGAAAUAGAAACCGUGUGUAAUGUCUCCUCUUCUCUUUAUACAUUCUCUGUGCUGACUGCUAAAUGAAAGGACAGAACUUAAAAAAAAAGAAUGAUAGAGAGAUACGAUAAAGGUAUUCAGUUGCAGGAUAAAGAGGUAUAGAUUUCUACAUGCAAUUUUUUUUGUUAUGCUUCACAAAUAUAUUUCUUAAAAAGAGGGAUAAGUAAAUAUAAUCUAAAUUCUCUUUAAUAGGAAUAUGGCAUCUAGCCACCCCAAUCUGCUUCUACUCUUUCCAGUGUAGUGGUAAUCUGUUAACCCACAGGUUUUCAACCUUCGGGACUCCAGAUAUUGUGGCCUUUGUCUCCCCUGAUGCUUUGCCAGCUUUAUGGCUGUAAGAGCCUUAAAUGUAGUUUGAAUGUUGCCUACCUCUGCCUUAACAUUUUUAAAUUCAUAAUAUCCAAUGUGGGACCCAGAAUAUCUUAGGGAAAAAGGAAAAUCAUCUUCAUGCCCUAUCUGAAGUACAAGAGAACGGGUUCUGAAGAUUUAUUAAGAUCCCAGAUUUGGAUUGAGGGUGAACCCCAGUGCACUACAGUUUUGGGUUUGUGGCAAUACUACACCAGUUAAUGUUUGUGAGUGUAUUUUGUUUGUUGAAUAUUAUGGACAAUGAUAACCAACUUUGACACUGCAGAUGUUUGAAAACUACAUUUACAAUGAGAUUCAGGAAAACAUGUUACACAGGUGUAAACAUGGUCAAGGCUAAGGUUAAAGCAGUCCUGUCACCUUUUUUGACUUCACCCCUGAGCUUCUCAUAUGGUCUUCUGAGCUCCCCUAAGUCCCUAAUGCUUGCAUCGUGCCCUUGGUUGGUACUACUCACUUUUUGAAUGUGUUGCUAGUCACAUUGGAUCUUCAUUUGUAGCCUUAAUUUUACAAAUUCCUACAUGGAACGUGCUGGGAAUCUGAUGCUUUGCCCUUGCUAGGGCUUAUGCAUCAAAUCGCAUGCAUGCCCAGUUCACUGAAAUCAUCAUUGGUGAUUACAUGUUCAGGUGGGGUGCCUGGACCCCACUUCUGACCAUUGCUGAGAAGAAUUAAAUCAAUGCUGGACAGAGGUGACUAAAGAGUUAGACAGCCAAUGGCAGAGUUGACUAAGGACUUGGAGUGUGCCAACAUUUGUCAACCUGUGGUUUAUACAUAAGAGAAAGAAGUAUUUAGAACUCUGCAAGGAAACAUUAAAGACAAAAAAGUGGUCAGCCCAGUGUGACAUAAUAUAGCAAGAUGGAGAAGAUAAAAAAUGUGACAGAGCCACUUUAGUGAUACUACAAGUAUAAAACUUUAACUUUUAUGGAUGAAUGGAAAAAAAAAUGUCAGUUCUUUUAAGACUUCCCGUUGAGUAAUUUUUAAUAAAUAUAUGCAAAAAUCAACAUUUUGACUCUAUAGGGUCACUAUCAAUACAUAUAUAUAUAUAAUUACAUUAGCCAAUAUAUGCAUGCAUGAUUCUUAAAUGUGUUUUGGCAAUCUGUAUGGUUUUUGCCGUUUUAUAUAAUAAUUGUUUUCAUAACAAGAUCUGUAACAGCACAACAUACAGUAAUAUCCAUGAUGUACAAUUAUUUCAGCUGAAUUGUUCGGGAAUUUUUGUCACCUAUUUUUAGCAGGGAAAUUAUAUUUUAUUUAAUUUAUUAUCAUGUUUGAAGUAAGAUAUGUCACCAACAUAUUCUUCUUUUGAAUGGGAGGGGCCUUUGUAUGUAAACCUGACCUUAGAAAUAUUAACCCUGCGAUGGCUUAUCUUGGCUCCCUCAAUAUUUGUGAACUACUUCUCCCAAGAUAUUUAGCCGAUCUUUAGAUUAUCUGUGCAUCGUGGAAAAUUCACAAAACAUCUAAGAGCCAAAGGUAGCUAAUGGGCUGUAUUAUUUAAUGGUGAAUAAUUAUACAACAAUGUGAUGAUCUCUUGGUUUCCUUCUUCAGGUCUAGAUUCGUCUGUGCCAUAUAUAAUAUCGGGCAUUCUACUUUUCCUUUUGUUGCCUGUUGGAGGUUUUCUCAUUCAUCAGCAUAAAAAAAAGAAGACAGAAUCUCUGGGUAAGUUAAUAUUUACUGGAUAAUUGUUGUGGUAUUCAAAAUUAUUGUUCUGUGCUUUGAGUUUUUAUUUGCAUUUAAAGGACCACUAUAGGCACCCAGACCACUUCAGCUCAGUGAAGUGGUCUGGGUGCCAGGUCCCUCUAGUUUUAACCCUGCAGCUGAAAACAUAGCAGUUUCAGAGAAACUGCUAUGUUUCACUGAGGGUUAAUCCAGCCUCUAGUGGCUGUCUCACUGACAGCCGCUAGAGGCACUUACGCUAUUCUCACUGUGAAAAUCACAGUGAGAAAGCGCUGGACAUCCAUAGGAAAGCAUUGAGUAAUGCUUUCCUAUUGGCGGUUUGAAUGCGCGCACGACUCUUGCCGUGCAUGCACAUUCGGAGCUGACGUUGGCAGAGGGAGGAGAGUUCCCCAGCGCCGAGGGAGCUGGCGCUGGAGAAAGGUAAGUGUCUGAAGGGGUUUCAUCCCCUUCAGCCCAGCAGGAGGGGGGCCAUGAGGGUGGUGCGUGGGGACCUAAUGAACCUAUAGUGCCAGGAAAAUGAGUUUGUUUUCCUGGCACUAUAGUGCUCCUUUAAAUAUAGCUAUCAUUAGCAUAAUGUGUUUUUAUUUUUAUUUUUGAGCUUGUUGAUUGAUGUGUGCUGUUUUCACCUGUUCCAUUCUUGAGGUAAAUUUCAACGUGUAAUUCCAUUUCGAAUUUAAAUUGCCUUUUUCACCUUCGGUGGUCUUUCCAUAUUUUGAUAAGACACCCAAUGACUGCAUCUCCAUUUGGUGUGACGUUGCCAAGGGAUGCAGCUGAAUGGAAAUCUAUUUAUCUGAAGCUUCAUCCACCAGUGGUGACAUCAAUUCAGCUCCAUCCUUUGGUCAGGUUUGUCACCUUGACACAUGACAAAUCCAUAAGACAAAUUAGUCCCUAUUUUGUCUUAUAAUGUUUUUUGACCAUCAACAUGAAUAAUCCUUAAUAAGAAUCUAUCUUUAUGAAAUAUUUAAAUCAAUAUUGCUGUUUUUUAAAUAUCUAAUUAAUGUCAUCUUAUGUUACAUUUUUAAUGCACACAUAUACUAUUAGGGAGAUUACUAAAUGGUGAUAAUACAUGCGAGAAUUUUCUCUAUAUCUACCUACAAACCUGAGGAUAUACACUAGAGAGAGUACUCUCUGUUGCUGUCCUAUUAGCAAAUUUCCUUUAACCCCUUAAGGACACAUGACGGAAAUAUUCCAUCAUGAUUGCCUUUUAUUACAGAAGUUGUGUCCUUAAGGGUUUAAAGAUAUUCACAAUAUCUAUUAUUUAGGUGAUAUUUUAUUUCUGUCUCUUAAGCUAUUAAAAUAGCUUAAAUAAAAUAUACUUUUUGAGACACCAUCCUAUUUGAUGGGUCAACAUACUAAGUGGUUGAGGUUCAUUUGUAGUUGACCAGGGUACAUAUAGCCAAUACACCAUCAACUAUGUUUUUGAAAUGUACAUCAAGUGAUAGUUCAAAUAAAUCACAAACUAGCAUGUCUUUAAUUAUGUAUAUGUAAUUUAUCUUCUUUAUUCUGUAUAUAAACACUAUUAUGGUAAUGAAUGGGUUAAUUGGGCUAAUACAUGUAUUUUUGUGUUUUAGGAAAUCACGGUUUUACACUGGUAAGUACACUUUGAUUUAGAACACACACGUAGAACACAGUAGUAAGCACCAUUAAUCCAAUUCAUUGCACUACUAAAUAUCCAACUGUUUGAAUUUUGUAAUGUCAGAACUUUUGUAGAAAAUUGAAGUAUGGAUGUAGAAUGGUGAUCCUCCUAUGUUAGAUUGUAUAAUAUUAUCUGAAACAAUUGCAUAGUAAUGUAGGUUGAAAAAAAGUCUCAACUGGUUCUACUGUUGAUCCAAAAGAAGGUAAAAAACACAAUUGGAAGUGAUAAUGUUGCCGUAAAUGGGAAACUGAUUCCAAAAUGACAUUCACAAUAUUCAGAUAUAAAGCACAUAAUUCCAUGUUUUUUUAAUGUUCUUACAAUAAAGAAUCCUUUUUUUGGCAGUAGGAGAAAUCUCCUUUAUUCAAGAAUACAUGUGUGACCUUUUGUCCUUUGUUAAGACCUAUUAAUAAACAGAUUACCAGAGAGCUGUUUACAUUUAUAUAAAAUUACAAUAUGCUCUCUGAGAUGCCUUUUCUUAUCCAACUAUUUGAAUUUUGUAAUAAUGUUAGAACAUUUGUAGAAAAUUGCAGUAUAGGUGUAGAAUGGUGAUCCUGCAGGCAUAUGACCGGCAAGUAGUGUAGAGCUAUAUUAUUUUGUAAAAUAUUAUCUGACACAGUUGCAUAGUAAUAUAGGUUUAAAAAGACUCAUGCCCAUCAAGUUAAGCCUUUAUUAAAUUCAACUGAACGCAACUGGUUCUACUGUUGUUCCAAAAGAAGGUAAAAAAAUCACAACCGGAAGUGAUAAUGUUGCCAUAAAUGGGACAAUAUUCCUUCCUGAUUCCAAAAUGACAUUAAUAAUGUUGAGACAUUGUUUCAAGCAUCCAGAUGUUGUUAAAAAAAAAUCUGUGCAAAAUCUUAUAAAACAACUGCUUUAGACAUAUAAUUCCAUGUUUUAAAUGUUCUUACGAUAAAGAACCUUUUCCUUGGCAGUAGGAGAAAUCUCCUUUAUUCAAGAAUACAUGUGUGACCUUCUGUCCUUUGUUAAGAUCUAUUAAUAAACAGAUUACCAGUGAGCAGUUUAUAUUUAUAUAAUAUCACCAUAUGUUCUCUGAGGUACCUUUUCUUAGUAGAUAAAGAAAAGAAUGAUACAUUUUGAAUGUUUUGUAAAUAAUUAAGACUAAUAUCGAUUAGAUUUGACAUUAGAAAAGUGCUAGUGUGUUUGUGUUUGUGUGUGUGCGUGUGUGUGUGUGUAUAUAUAUAUAUAAACAUAAAUAUGUUGGUGUACUAAAUGUGAUUUGCUUUUAGAGGAGCUGACGUUUGAAUCAGCCUUUCUGGAAAAAAAAGAUGUGUUUUUGUUGCUUCUAGAAUGCAAAAGGUUAAAUUCACAUCUUGUCUGAUUAGCAAAGUGCAGGUAUAUUUACCUUUCUGUUUCCUAAAGGUUGCUAGGACACCAGGUCUUUCAGACAAAUUAAAUUUUCAGGGCUGUAUGCAUGCAUUAAAUAUGGGUUUCAUUCAUAGUUCAUGAAGAGUGCUUUCUCUGUGAGUCAUUCUAACAAAACAUGGACUUAUGCAAAGUUUGCUAAGUCUACAUAGGUUCGAACAAAUGAACAAGCCAUGGAAAUCAUCUUGCUCAUAUUAUUUGCCAACAAUGGACCUUCCCACAAACAUAUCUAAUGACUCGGAGGACAGAACAUCAGGGAGGAAUUAACCAGUCUGUCUUGUAUAGUCACAGUGAGAGAAACAUGAUAAAGUUAUUUGUUUUAUUUAAAUAAAAACUCUGAGGCUUCUUAAAAGUUACAAUAAUACAGUUACAUAUGACAAAUGAUGCCUCUUGUGCAAAAUGCCUACGUAUAAAUUCAUAAAUAAAGGCAUUUCCUACAUGUAUCAUCAUCACAUGGGCUUAUUUAUUAUACAUAUGGACCUAUUUAUUACAUAAUUUUAUAUUAACCAUUAUAUAAUUGACAUUUUAUUUACCAGUAUGUUAUUUAUAAACCUAAUGGUGUACCACGAGACUGCCCCAAAACCAACUUCAUCUCAGUGAUGAAGGAUUAAGUCCCUGGGUGCCCUCUAUCCUUAGAGAGUUAAACCAUUUUCAAUUGGUUUAACCCCCAAAUCUGUUGAGAUUAAGUUGUUUUGGGGAAGUGUCCCUUCAAGUGUAGUGUAAGGGUUCUACAUUUCCCAGUACUGCCUGAGAUGUGGGACAGAGGCAAUUGCUUCAGCAGCUGUCAAUAAAACAGUGUCACUUUCUCCCGGUUACUGUAAUUACCACUAUUUUCAGGUCCGAGAUUAGUGGGAGUUACAGUCCUUGGUGUUCUGGGAGACAGCUACUUCAUCUCUGCCAUUACUAAACUUGUGGCAGCUGCUAUUCAGGAUUGUAACGUCCAGUAAUUUCUGAGAAAAACAUGCGUAUAAGCAACUGGCGGAAUGCAUGUGAAUACUUAACGCACGUGAUGCAUGUGUAACAGAGUCUAUUUGUGUGAUGUAUAUGUAUGUAUGAGAUGUAUGUUUAUUAAUUGUGGGUGUAAUGCUAUGUUGAUUAGGCUCCAGAAGGGUCCAGUAAAUGAAACACCAUAUCUCUAGCAUGACUACCCCUCCGCCCCUCAGCACCUCUCUACUUUCUUGAUAUAAAAACAGUUAUUAUUCAAAAUAUCAUAGAUGUGGCAUAUAUAGGAAGUGGUCACAGUAUGAGAUCACUGGGUAAGGCCACAGAGAGAACCAGGUACAUCAGCCUUUACAAAAUAAGUACAUAUUACACUAAUUUGCCUAUAGUGUCUUAAAGUAAAACAGUUGCCACUAUGCUCCUUUCUAUUGUCAGAUUCUAGAACUCUCACAGCCUUUUCUCUCAGGGAAAGGCUGGCGAGCAAGAGGCAAAUUUUAUAGAAGCUGCACUAAUAUGAAGAAAAAUAUCCUGCUGUGCCACUUAUGGUCACUAGAGAAAUACACUGAACAAAAUUAUAAACACAACACUUUUGUUUUAGCCCCCAUGAGCUGAACUCAAAGAUCUAAGACUUUUUCUAUGCACAUAAAAGGUCUAUUUCUCUCAAAUAUUGUUCACAAAUCUGUCUAAAUCUGUGGCCUUUUAUUGUGGCCAGCCUAAGGCACAGCUGUGCAAUAAUCAUGCUGUCUAAUCAGCAUCUUGAUAUGCCACAGCUGUGAGGUGGAUGGAUUAUCUCAGCAAAGGAGAAGUGCUCACUAACACAGAUUUAGACAGAUUUGUGAACAAUAUUUGAGAGAAAUAGGCCUUCUGUGUACAUAGAAAAAGUCUUAGAUCUUUGAGUUCAGCUCAUGAAAAAUGGUGGCAAAAACAAAAGUGUUGCGUUUAUAAUUUUGUUCAAUGUAUUUUAAUGGGACUCUCCAAUUCCCACAUAAAAAAUAAAUAAAAAUAAAAUCACAGUUUUGUAGAUAUACCCACAAUGAAAACAUGCAUUCAUUUAAUUAUGUAUUUCUUCGAAAACAGGUUGCAAACUCUGCAGAUAUCUUGUCUGAAGCCUUUGCAAGCCCUCCCAUUCUAACUCCACCCAGACUUCUGUUGCUGUCCAAUCAGAGACUUCCCAGUGCAGCUCAGUGAGACGUCUUUGCAAGGCAGCUGCUCUGGGCAACCAACUGCUUCUUGAGUUUAGCUCCACUGAACUAAUACAACUUAUUAUAUAAAAGUGACAAUUUCUAAUGAAAUCAGAUUUUUUUUUGCAAAAUUAAACAAUAGGAAAGACUCUUUACAUUUAAAGCACUCUAGCAAGUUAAAGUCCCAUUAAGUGAAAAACUCACUUUAAAGUCUAGAAUCUGUCUGACUGGUUUCUGUACCGCCAUUGAAUAUUCAACAGAUAUAUAUGGCUGUCACGGUGGCUUAUGUAUGUGUUUGUCAAAAGUAUAGUUACAGCAUCAUAUUCUUAUGUUAACAGGCCAAUGUGUUUAUUUGCUUUACUAUUCUGUAAAAUAUAUUUUUAAUUUAGUCUUUUCUAGAAGACUUAAUAAACAUAUUUGUGUCUUGUAUUUUGUAGCAAGAAAAAGUUCCUAAUUUAAACAUCAACUGUCAGGAUUCAAGUACUUUUCUUCAGUGUGCAGAGUGUGACAUUGAUGGACAAAUUUCUUCAAAAUCAAGUCAAGGUAAAACUCAUAAUUUACAGUUUAAGCUAUUGCGCCAUCAUUCUAACUUAUAGUUGUAUUAUUCUAUGUGUUAUAUAAACGCUGUCUGUACACUGCACUGCAAAACACUUGUGAUGUUAAACUCUCUCUCUAAAAAAAAGUGCAAGUCUCUUGACAUGUCCUGUCUAAUAUAUGCAAUGACUCUGUCACAUUUACUCUUGAUGCUAUGUCAGUAAAAGUUUGUAUGUCUAUCUAUGCACUACAAAAAUAAAGAAUUAUAAAAAAUAAAAAAAAGGCUGCUGACAUAGUCUUUAAUUUGUGACAGAGAUGCCUGGGUUCUCAUGAGCUAUGCUAAAAACCAGAAAGAAAUAAGACUCUAGGGCAGGCUUCCCCAAACUCCAGCCCUUCAGAUGUUGCUGAACUACAACUCCCAUGAUUCUCAGCCGAUCUAUUUCAUUCAUAGAAUCAUGGGAGUUGUAGUUCAGCAAAAUCUGGAGGGCCGGGGCUUGGGGAAACCUGCUCUAGUGGCUCAUUUCCACACUUGUUAGUGAUGUUUACUGAUAAGUCGUUAUUUGCUUAAAUGACUAAAGUUAGACUUCUGCACAAAUUCUGUUCAGCUGCCACAAAUGUAUCAAAAUUCCUUUUAAACUACACCUGAACAAAUCAUUAUAUCAAGGAUUUACCUGUGGAUUCUUAUUCAUUAAAUAAGUCUCCACAGGUAGAUAUCGGAUGGAUCGAUUUGUUUUUUUCAUAUGCCCUGUUGGGCCAGCCCAUGAUCACAGGAAAUUUAUAGACACAAAUAAUUACAAUACAUACUUAAGCAAAACAAACCUUUUAAAUUGUCCUGGUGAAAUGUCUACUGUAAUGCAUUUAAAAACACACUUUUCUUUUUUUCUUUUUUUUUUACUGACAUCCAAGUCACAAAAGCAUAAAUGCUAAAUUAUGAACAGAAUCAACAUCAGUCAGUUUAAUUUGGCUGCCAUCGCCUACCUGCUGUCCCUAAACUCACUGCUUAAGGGCUACAUUCAACUGACAACCAUGGAAACCAGUCCUAUGUUUUAACAAAUAUUGGCCAGGGCUCAACAACUCAGCAGUUUUUAGAGACUGUUGCAGAUAAUUGGCCAGUUUAUUUAAUCGCACAUACUUACAAGAAAAUAUAUAAUUUUGCACUGCGGACAAAUUUAAUAUGUAAAUACCUACUGAGAUGGUUCAAUUUAACUUUAAACCAGUUUACAAAUUCUGCAUUUUAAACUAACGACAACAUUGUAGUUCUCUAUUAACAAUACAGCUCCAACAGCAGUGUACAUGAUCUAUUUUUAAUAAGGUUUAUCCCCUUUGUCUAGGUGACAUGUUGUCACAAUAGAUUUGCAUUCAUUGUCUCCAUGAAAUAUUCAUUAGUGUAAAGAGUGACUGUACCAAUCAGAUAUAUGCUGACACAUUGAUACUUUUCAUUGUUCCCAGGUCAACCAGCUUCUAUUCUCCACAAAGGCAGCGCUCUCUAUGAUAUCAUUGACAGCGUCCCCGUACGAAGAUGGAAAGAGUUCAUGAGGGUGCUGGAACUUCCAGACAAAGAAAUAGAAUUGGUGGAGGUUGAGAUUGCCAGCUUUCGAGAUCAGCAGUAUGAAAUGCUCAGGAGGUUGGGACAUCUACGAUCAACUAGCUUAGAACAUGUCUUCAAUGCCCUGGAAAGGAUGAAUCUCUCUGGGUGUGCGGAAGAACUGAGAGAAAAACUAGAAAGCCAUGCGUAA